AUGCUCUUUAAUCUACAUAAGUCCUCCCUGACAGAUAAUUCCCGAUCAACAGUUCUUUGUUCGAGUAGCAAUCAUCGGGACCAUAAUCGGCUGUAUCCGGUUUUCGGUCGCCAGGACGAAUUAGGCUACACUACAAGAAGACGGAACUUCGGUCGUCGAAGCUGGUCUUCAACUGGAAAACCUGCAUUCAUUGAGAAACAGUGGCUGUUGAACCACUGCGACGGAGGUGAAUCACUUUUACUAAACCAACAAUCGCAAAGUAAUCGAACGGUUUCCGUUGCAGGGAUCUGUAGGACGCUCUCUGAUAGCCUUAAAGACCACUUCCGACUUGGUGUUAACAAACCCCCAACGCCCGCGAACACACCGACUACGCCGAAUACAAACUGGAAGGUAGACAAAAGGAGUGAUUCCUUUCUUGCACCUGAAACAUCCCAACCCAACUUCAAAGUGGAAAGACACCAUUCGUGUGAAGAUCACGAAAUUUGUCUAUCUUGGCAAUAUCCUAUGCCACACAAAGUAGAGGGUUUUGACAAAGAAAGAAGGCCUUCACGCAAACUGAAGUACUGCUACGAUGAACUAACCAAGCUUCAGCCUUUUCAAACCCAACUACCCAAGAUAAAUGGUACAAGCAGUUCAGGCAGGAUCUCACGGCACAGCACUGAGUCACAGUUUCUCCCAUCUACGAUAUUAGUGAAUCCGGAAUGCGGGUUACCUUCUCUUCCUUCUUUGGAUCCAGUCGAUUGUCCACCUUGUCAGAAUGAGCCAGCGUUCUUUGCUGCAGCCGCAUUCCAACGUAAAAGAGUGCUUUUAAAUGUUGGUGGUUCCCAGCACGAAGUUCUCUGGAAGACUCUGGCACGCCUCCCGAAUUCUAGACUGGGCCGACUUUGUCGGGUGAAAUCACGUACUGAGCUAAUGUCGCUUUGUGAUGAUUACAACCCGGCAAAAAAUGAGUUUUUCUUCGACAGAAAUGCCACCUCCUUUGACGCUAUCUUGAAUUUCUACAGGACACGAGUGCUGCAUCUUGUUGAGGACAUGUGCGUCGUUGCAUUUAAGGAUGACAUGGAUUAUUGGGGUAUCAAUGAGCUCUACCUACACCCCUGCUGUCAGCAGAGGUAUCAUCAGAGAAAAGAAAUGGUUGAAGAUGAGAUCAGAAAGGAGGAAAUUUCAUUGCGCUGGUUGCAGGAUGAAGAAGGCCUGCAUGGAAGCAGUUCCAUUUCGAAAACUAGAUUGAAAAUAUGGAAUAUUGUUGAAAAACCUCACUAUUCAAUGACUGCUAGGGUAUUCGCGAUUGUCUCAAUCAUCUUCAUCAUUAUCUCAACCGUCAGCCUAACUAUUGGGACACUGCCACAAUUUCAACCUAAUUUAACUGAACUGCAACAGGCCUCGAAUAUCUUCCACACAAAUACCUUCAUCUCCUGGUGUCAAGAAACCAAUGACAGUGGCAAUGUGGACGACAUUGUCUGCGAAAAUCCGUACUUGAAGAUUGUAGAAUUUAUUUGCAUCACUUGGUUUACUUUGGAAUACCUUAUUCGACUGUGGGCCUGCCCCAACCGAUGUCGAUUUUUCAAGGACACUCUCAAUACCAUUGAUUUUAUUGCCAUAUUCCCUUUCUAUGUCCAUCUGAUUAUCAUUGAAGUAGCCUCAAGAAAUGAAUUUAAGCGGCUUGGUUCAGUCCGCAAACUUGUGCAAAUGUUCCGCAUCCUUCGGAUUGUCCGGAUUUUCAAACUGGCCCGUCAUUCCACUGGUCUGCUUUCAUUGGGCUACACUUUCAGAAGGUCCUACAAGGAACUUGGCUUGUUAAUGACCUUUGUCGCAAUGGGAGUCAUUCUGUUCUCGAGUCUGGUCUACUUUGCUGAAAAGGAAGAAAACGGCAAAAUGUUCAAAAGUAUUCCAUCGGCGUUUUGGUGGGCUGCGAUCACCAUGACUACGGUCGGCUAUGGUGACAUGCUUCCACAAACGCCAAUCGGGAAGGUGAUCGGAGCCGCCUGUUGCAUCUGCGGGGUGUUGGUCGUCGCUCUGCCAAUCCCGAUCAUAGUUAACAAUUUCGCUGAAUACUACAAAGAACAGAUGAGAAGGGAGAAGGCAUUGAAAAGAAGAGACGCUCUAGAACGGGCUCGACUAUCUGGGAGCCUUUUCUCAUUUGAAUCGGACGAUUUUUCUAAAGAGCCGCAGUUUGCGACACUGAUUCAAAAAAGGUGUGCAGAUGCAGACAAACACCAGAUAAACGCGUUCACCAAAACCGAACACAUUUCGACUAGUCUAACUGCUCACCCGGAAGAGUCGAAAGACGUCAUAUUUCAACCAUCGAAUGUGAUCUUCAACCUCUCUGACAGCGUCCAAUCAGAAGAUACCUAUGUUGCGAAUCCACCAGCGGAACCCACUCUCCUCCUUGAUACACCCACGUUGCCUCGAGUGGCGCAAGGUUCUGGCUUUGGUGGCGUGUCGGUUUUCAGCUAUCCAAAAAUAGUCAUUGAAAGUGAACAGAACAACUCCAAGCAUUCUGUUGCUAACAAGAGUGAUUUAGAAGUACACAACCACUUUCCUGAGCCAGUUGAGGAGACUGGUAACAGUGCAGAAAAGUAUCGAAUGACUACUCCACGUGGAAGUCCAUUUUCAAUAAAAAAAGACGCCUCGUUUCACAAAUUAGGGCAUGCGAACCUACAGGCAUUUGUUGGAAAAAAGUCGGUGCGCCCUAUUCGGAAACUUCAGCGCCAGGAACGGUUCACCGUGGAGAACAAUCACCGGAGGUACUCUUCACCCAGCACACCGCCGAGGUUAAGAACCGUUUUUCCAGAAGUGCGGUCGUUUUCCGCGUCAACGGCGUCUUGCUGUUUACCAAACCAGGCUCUGUACUAA